AGCCCUGCACCUCCUUCCUGAGUCCUGAACCCCCUUGGGGCUUCUCUGGGGCUAAACUGGGUUGAAAUCAGCCUAAGACUUGCUGUAGGGGAUGCACAUGGAUGCGUGCAGGAUGUGGUUGGCUUCCCAAGAGAACGAGAUCCUGGGGUUUAGGGAGCUCUGCUCAUCCCACCGUCCACGCUUGCCUCUCGGAGGGGGGGGAUUUUGGGGAGGUAUCCCCUGGAGCUCCCUAACCAGGGGCUGCCACAGCCAUCAAUCCCCUCCCCAGGCAACCCCAGCAGGUCCCAGCCCAGCCGCAUCCCGACCCCUUCCCCAAAUCACCCUCCCUAAUUGGGGGGGGGGGAAUCCUCGGCACUUGGAGGGGGCAGAUUGUGGAGGCGUGCAGCCGAAGCCGGUUGCCGGCUCCUUCCUCUCUGCUCCAAGUUUCUUUGCUUUGGCAGCCCUGGAGUUUACUCUGCGCCAGCCUUGGAAAAGAAAAGAGCACUUGUGCUUUGCUCCGGGGAAGGGGAGGAGGAGGAGGAGCAGCGGGGAGAGGGGCACCGCAGCGAGGUUCCUCCGACCUCCCUCCCACCCGAUUUUCAUGUUAAUCCCCGUCCCUGGGCCGGGACCUCAGCUGGGAGAGGCUGGGGCUGGGCAGGACGCGUGGGAGAGCGGCUGGCACCUCUGCGGGGCACGGAGCAGCGGAGCGCUGCGCUUCCCUUUGCGGUCCGAGCGGUUCCAUCCAGGCACGGCGGCGCUCGGCUGCGGGCGAGCCAUGCAGCCGCGUUAGUCAACGCCAAGGGAAGGGAGAUACCAGCAGCGUGGAGGCGAAGCGGCCGGAUCCAAAAAUGCUGCUAGGUCCCUCCGGACACAGCAGUCCCCUCCUAGCGUCGCUGCCUAUUCCCGGCCGGCCCCUUCACCCCCCGUUGGACAUCAAGCACUUCCUGACCUUCAGGCUCAACGGGACGUCCCCGCUCAACCUCUUCCCCAACUUCAACACGAUGGACCCCGUGCAGAAGGCGGUGAUCAGCCACACCUUCGGCGUGCCCGCCCCGCUCAAGAAGAAGCAGUUCAUCUCCUGCAACAUCUGCCACCUGCGGUUCAACUCGGCGAACCAGGCAGAAGCCCACUACAAAGGCCACAAGCACGCCCGGAGGCUGAAAGCCAUCGAGGCCAUGAAGAGCAAGCAGAAGGCAACGGGGGCCGGCAGCCGGGACAGCGCGGCUGACUUUGUCCCCAGCCUGGAGGGCUCUGGGGACCCCGGCAGCGCAGCCCAAAGCAACGGCCUGAAGGAGCUGGACGGCGACUGCAGCAGCCUGGCGCUGCCGCCCAGCUCGGAGGAGGCUCCGGCGGAGCUGUCGGGCAGCGCCGCGCCGCUGGGCUCCCCGCCGGCCUCCGAGCUGUCUGAGGGCACCUCGGAUGCCACCAGCGUCACCUCCCCGGCCACGCAGGCGGCCGAGGUGCAGGCGGCUGAGUCGGGUGGCAGCAUCGGCUCGGCCCCUGAGAAUGAGAAGGAGGGGAAGAAGAGCAAGCAGCACCUGUACUGCCCCACCUGCAAGGUGACCGUCAACUCCCUGUCCCAGCUGGAGGCUCACAACACCGGCGCCAAGCACAAGUCGAUGCUGGAAGGGCACAGCACCCAGAUGCGGCGAGGCCGAGGCAAGCUCCUGUCCCGGGCAGGGCACAAAUCCAAGAGGAUCGGCAACAAGGGCAGCAUCAACAUCCAGAACAAGGCGUUUCACUGCCAAGUGUGUGAGAUCUACGUGAACUCAGAGACCCAGCUCAAACAGCACAUGAGCAGCCGGAGGCACAAAGACAGGCUGGCCGGGAAGCCGCCCAAGCCCAAGUACAGCCCCUAUAACAAGCUGCAGAAGAACGCUGCCCUCGCAGUGAGUAUUCUCAAGUCCAAGCUGGCUUUGCAGAAGCAUCUCACCAAAACGCUGGCGACCCGCUUCCUCCCCAGCCCGCUCACCACGGCCGUGUGCGCCAUGCCCGGCCCCCUCGCCUUGAGACCAGCCGCUGCCACCACCCUCUUCCAAGCCCCGCUCCUCGGACCAGCCCUUUUCCGAACGCCGCCGGCCCACGUCCGCACCACGCCGGGCCCCAUCGUCUUCGCGCCCUACUAGAGCCCCUCGCCCGCCGAGGGUCCGUCGGCUGCGCCACGGGGGCUGCGCUGGGGGGGGGGGCAGCGUGCCCGGACAGGCUGCUCUUCUUCUGGCUGAUGGGAAACCGUAGUAGUAGACGUCGACCCAGGCUUCUCCUCCUUUGCUUCAAGUUGGCUCCUGUUGGAGCGAGAUGCCCCGGCAGAGUCCGGCCAGCCCCCAGUCCCUGCUGCUCCCCCUGCCCACGCCAGCCCCGCGCUCAGCAGGGUCCCCGUCCCCCCCCUCCCCCCCAAGGGCUGGGUGAUGCAGGUGAAAGGACGGUGCCAGAGCCACCAGGACCCUGCUGUUUUUCUUGUUUACCUCCCAGUUACCAGGCUGGGAGGAGAGGAGCUGGCUGGUCCGGGGGGGACGGAGCACCCCCUCUGUCCUGCCAGUCCCCGCCAGCCCCGUCCUUCCCACACCAAAGAGCCCCCACCGUGGUGGGCGCCGGCCACAGCGAUCGCAUCCUCACUCAGAGAGCAAUAGGCGAAGCCCAGGGCUUGCUCCCCCUUCCUCUAAAAGCACAUCGCCUUUCGCCCAGGCAACCCAAGAAGCACAGAAUUUGGGCACACAGUCGGACACAGGCUCCGCUCCAGCCCUGCAAGGAGCAGAGAGCUGGGCCAGCCGGUUUGCGCUCCCCGAGGUGGGAAGGAGGUGACCCUGAGCUUGGAGAGCGGCCCUGAGCCCCAUCCAGCCUGCUCAGCACCAGCUGUUUGCCUCCGUCUCACCCCCAGGGGGGACAACCCUGCCCCUACCUCAGGGGAGAUGCCGUGAGGCUGCGUGAAUGUCCCCAAAGCACUUUUGGUUCUCCGGUGAAAGGUAACGUCGUCGUUCGCCGUCCAGCCCCGUCCCCAUUAGGAGCUUCCAAGGAGUUUCUGAUGACUCCGCAAAACGAAGGCGUCCCCGGCAGCCCAGACAAUCAGGGAUGAAGGAGCAGGCACCGCCAGCUUACGCGUGGGGCUCUCCCUCGGAUGCUCUCUUUUCACUGUGCUCAGAAGGCCCAGCGAGGACCUGGUCUGCAAACUGUACCCACAGCGCUCCGGGUUCCCAGCGCGCUGCUGUAAAUAGAAAACUUGCAGGAAAAGUUGCAACCCAAAUGAACCUUACGCUGGAGUGACAACCUACCCCGAUCUAUGCAAUCCCGUGGGAGCAGCUCGCUCGUUGUGUUUUUGCUGUCUGCGUUUUACUUUGGUGCUCACGCUGUCUGUACAGCCGGGAGUGUUGUUUGGAGCAGAAAGAAAACAAAGCAACACUUAGCUCUGUGCAGAUGGGUCCUCCGGCAUCUCUUCCCGUCCCCUAGCCCGGGUGCUGGUUCAAAGACCUCUGCUGCGUCCCAGGACGAGGCCCAUGUUCUCACCCAGCCUUUGGGAAGAGGCUGGUGGUUUGCACACCUGGGAAUCCACACGCACAAGCACACGCAUCUGACAUCUUGGCCAUAAGCAACGUGGAUUUCAGGAGGAUUUUUGCCCAGUGCGCUCCACCAAGGCUCAGGACGAGGUCUUGGACGAGGUUAAACAGGAACCUGCUGCCACGAAACUCACGGGGCUGAAACACUUCUGCUUCCACAGACAGGAGCCUUGGGAAACAGCAGGAACCACUGCACGGAGGGAGCAGCCGCCGGGUCCCGGUGGCACAGAGCCAUGCUCCUGCAGCUGGAGGACACGUCUGCUCACACCACAGGCAGCGCUGACCCGCAGCGCCACUGCUGUGCUCCUGCCACAGAAGUCAGGAGUGCAAAGGAGCCUCUGGGUAUGGAUUUAUCUGCUCAGGGCAUCUCCUUCCACCCCAGGGAAAAGAGGGCCCCCGGAGAGGGGAAGAGAGAUUGUAUAUGGGAAGGUGGGGACAGAGACAAGGUCUUGAGGGGGUGGUGGGGGACGUGGCUGGGAGAGAAGCUGGGGACAGAAAGCUCCCAGCAGUGGCUUUGACAGGGACAGGGAGCUCGUCCCCCCAGCCCACGUGUGUCCUGGACCAAUAGAUGACCCCACGUCCCCCAGCACAGGAGCCUGCAGGGCAGGAGGGACGCGGCUCCAACAGCAUCUCGGUGCCACGCAGCCUGUGGCCACCCCAGCUCCGGCCCUCACCCUGCCCAUCUCACUGUGCUCUCCUCCAGGCCUCCUCUCAGCCCUGGCUGCAGAAAAGGGCAGCGCCUCCCCUCCUGCACGCACACCAGCCUCGGGAGCACGAGGAGCAGACAGCCGCGGCCACCAUGCUCCAGCCCGCAGGAACCUCUGGGCACCGGUGGGUUGUUCCCCUGUGUUUUGUUCUAAAAAGCCUGUGCUGGAGCCAGCAGUGGCUGCUCCUGUCACCCCCCUCCACGAGUGGAGUCCUGAUACACUCCUACACUUGGCACUUUAACCCUUGAAAGCCAUUCCUUCUAAUAACAAUAAUACUGCAACAAGCUGCAUAAGAACAGGCUCCCUCUGUCGCAUCCCCUCCGCCUCCAGAGACCCCCUCCCUGCUCCUGUGCUAUCCAAAGCAUUUACUGCCUUUGACUUAGCAUAUGCUGUACUAGGUAGUAGGGCGUAGUCCAUAGCGCUCAAUAACGCGUGCCCCUCUGUAAAUAACCUUGGAGUGAUGUGAACAGUUUGAUUCAAAAAAAAUAAGUACUGAAUAAACAGACUCUAGGGACUUGGCCAGUACCCCUCCUGUAAUGUUCAUUGUAUAUUUUUUUGAUGUACUAUAACUGUUGGGGAAAAAAAAAAAAAGGAAAUAUUUUGAUAAUUGAAUCUCAUUGCUUUAUUGUGUUACUCAGUAAAUAAAAGGAACAAGUAUAAACAA